AUCGGUUCCACUUUCUAAUAUCUCAAUCUUUUUAAUAUCAUUAAACAAUCAUCAAGUGUUUUAAACAAAAGAAUGGAUAAUUUUUGCAAAUUUCGUGAAAUAUAUUCUGAAAAACAGCGAAAAGCAAUCCAAGGUGAAUUCGAGCGGCUUUCAGGUCAAUAUUAUUUAGAACAUGCUGGAGCUACUUUAUAUUCAGAGAAACAACUCGAGGAAAUUGCCCACCAAUUAUGUACCAACUUGUACGCAAACCCACACGCGAAAAACCUUUCCAGUAAACUAACAGAAGACGCUAUAGACAUUGUUCGUUAUCAACUUUUAGCCCACUUCAAAACCACUCCUGACGAAUACUCUGUCAUUUUUACAUCAGGCGCAACGGCGGCUCUUAAACUCAUUUCUGAAAAUUUCAAAUACGGAUCUGAUGGCAGUCUCGUCUACCUCCAAGACAAUCACACUUCUGUCCUCGGAAUGCGAGUCUACGCCCCCAAAACCAAGUGCAUCAAAUUCACAGAAUCGUUAUCGCAAAACCAAACCACAAAAUCGGGGAACUCCCUGUUUGUUUUUCCCGCGCAAAGCAACUUUUCAGGGGUGAAGUACCCACUUUCAUGGAUCAAGGCUGUUAAAGAGGGGGCUUUAGGACCGGGGGAAUGGUUCGUGGUAGUGGAUGCCGCCGCAUUCGCCCCAACAGAAGUCUUGGAUUUGUCAGAAACUAAACCGGAUUUUGUGGCCAUUUCGUUUUGUAAAAUUUUUGGGUAUCCGACCGGUCUGGGGGCUCUUCUAGUGCGGAAUGAGAGUUGUGGGGUUUUGAGGAAGAGGUAUUAUGGAGGAGGGACGGUUUUUAUGGCGCAGGCGGUCAGGAAUGAGGUUGUGAUGAGGGAUGUGAUACAUGAAAGGUUUGAAGAUGGCACUCUUCCGUUUCUCUCCAUCCUCGCUCUAAAGGCGGGUUUCAACACCCUCAGGCGUCUAGAUCUGCCCUUCGAAACCAUCUCAAAGCACACUUUUUCUUUGGCACAAUACGUCUACAGAAACCUACUGUGUUUGCACCACUCAAACGGCAACCCUGCUGUUACUUUAUACCAUAACACAACGUUUGAAAAUCCUCAAGAUCAAGGCCCAAUUGUAAAUUUUAAUAUUUUACGAGAUAAUGGCGAAUAUGUCGGUUAUGCUGAAGUUUUACAUUUUGCAAACUUGUAUAACAUUCAUUUGAGAACUGGAUGUUUUUGUAAUCCUGGUGCUUGUCAAUAUUUUCUAAAUUUGAGUCCUGAAGAUGUCAAAAAACACUAUGAGGCAGGUCACGUGUGUGGGGACCAACACGAUUUGGUGGAUGGGAACCCAACUGGUUCCAUUCGAGUCUCAUUCGGUUACAUGUCCCGGAAAAUCGACGCAGAUAAAUUGUUGGAAAUGGUUGAAAAUUGCUUUGUUACCAAACCAGUGAUUAAAAAAGUUCCACACAAGAACCGUAAUAAUUAUUUAAUUCCAACUGACAAUGACUAUAAAUAUUUAGAAGAAGAAUUGGAAAGUAACAAUUCAGAGGGUGUUUUAAAACAAAUUAUUUUAUACCCUGUUAAAUCCUGUGGAGGAUUUUCAGUGUCGCAAUGGCCACUUACCUCUACAGGUCUGAAAUUUGACCGCCAAUGGAUGAUAAUCAACUCAUCCGGAGUUGCAAUUACGCAAAAAAACAACAAGAAAAUGUGUCUCAUUCGACCAAUCAUCGAUCUGGAAACUGAAAUGUUGUUCUUAACGUAUCCAGGUCGGAAGAGUUUCCACGUCUCGAUAAAUGUCUCUUCGUAUUCUCAAAAUGUCGCGUCUCUCUGUCAGAGUAAAGUUUGCGGAGAUAAAAUCGAAGGAUGGGAUUGUGGGGAUGAAGUUUCUGAUUGGUUAAGUGAAGUUUUGGAAUGUCCGGGAGUCCGUUUGUUGAAACAGUGCGACGAGAACGAGAAAAUCUUCACGAGAAAAGACGCGAAAAAUGAUGAAAUUCAGUUGUCGCUGGUCAAUAAAGCCCAAUUUUUGUUAAUAAACGAGGCCAGUGUCGAGUGGUUGAGGGGGCAAAUCUGCGAUGAGGAAUUUUUUGAGGAGUUGGGGACGACGAUUCAAAGAUUUCGAGCAAAUUUUGUUGUCAAGUUCAAUAAAGAAUUUACGGAAAAUGAGUUUGAGGAGUUUAUUUUUAACGAUAUUGAAUUUGAGGCUGGGGGUGUGUGUACAAGAUGCCAAAUGAUUUGCAUUGAUCAAACGACAGGAACAACAUCAAAAGAGCCUUUGUUAACACUGUCUAAGUCUUUUAAAGGGAAAAUUGCGUUUGGAGUUUAUUUAAAUCGGCACAAAUAUGAUUUCGAGCGAUGUCUUUAUGUCGGUUCUAAGAUCUAUGGAUCUAAACUCAAAUAAACUUUAAAUUUUU